CCGUCGCCGUUGUGCAAGUGGGGCGGGGUGGGGAGGGGAGGGGGGGGCGCUCUCUCCCGUGCUGCCCGGCGCAGCGGCCUUCGCGAGCGCAACGAGGCAGUGCGCGAGGCGCGAGGCAGUCGAGCGGACGUGGCUUGGCGGUCGGUGCUGGCUGGUGCUAGCCGGGCGCCAUGGGCGAACAGCAGGCGACCUCCAGCGGGCUUCUUCAACGUGUACGCUCUGCGCGUCAACCUCAGCGUCGCCAUCGUCGCCAUGACAGCCAACCGAACCGUCGUAGCCGAGAAUGGCACCCUCGAAUACGAGCAAGAGUUCGCGUGGGACUCGAAGAUGCAGGGGCUGCUGCUGAGCGCCUUCUUCUGGGGCUACCUCGUCACGCAGAUCCCGGGCGGGUGGCUGGCGGCGCGCGUGGGCGGCAACCGCCUGUUCGGCUUCGGGCUGGCGGCCACCGCCCUCCUCACCCUCCUCACGCCCCCGCUCGCCCGCGCGGGCGCCUACUGGCUGCUGGCCCUGCGCGUCGCGGAGGGCCUCUUCGAGGGCGUGACGUUCCCGUGCAUGCACGCCGUGUGGGCGCGCUGGGCCCCGCCGCUGGAGCGCAGCCGCAUGGCGGCCAUCGCCUUCUCCGGCAGCUACGUGGGCACCGUCGUCGCCAUGCCCGUCUGCGGCCUGCUCGCCAACACCGUCGGCUGGCCCUCCAUCUUCUACGUCUUCGACACUCUACACUUCGACCUUAAACAAGCUGGGUUUAUGUCUGGGCUCCCGUACCUCGCCAUGGCAAUUGUUCUUCAGAUCGCAGGCCAAUUAGCUGACGUGCUGCGAGAGCGGCGAAUCCUCACUACCACCCAGGUGCGGCGGCUGUUCAACUGCGGCGCCUUCCUGGGGCAGACGGUGUUCAUGCUGUUGGCCACGGCGCUGCCGUCGCCCGCCGCCGUCGUCGCCUGCCUCACCGCCGCCGUCGGCUGCGGCGCCUUCGCCCUCGCCGGAUACGGCGUGAAUCACCUGGAUAUUGCACCACAGCACGCCAGUGUUUUGAUGGGCCUGUCCAACACAGUCGCAACGUUACCUGGCAUCAUCAGCCCCACCGUCACCGGCUUCCUCGUGCAACAUCACAGUGCGGAGGAGUGGAAGAGCGUGUUCUACAUCAGCAGCGGCAUCUACCUGGUGGGCGUGGUCGUGUACGGGCUGUUCGCGUCGGGGGAGCUGCAGAGCUGGGCCGAGCCUCAGCCCCAGCCCCAGUCGCCGCCCCCGCCCCCACCCCAACUCGAGAUGCACGCCUACGACAACCGAGCCAUGGACGAGCGCUGACAAUUGUAUAUUUAUUUUAAUGUGUACAGUUACGCAAUGUUAUUUUCAACGUUUCUUAAAAUAAAAAU